UUUUUUCUUUUUUUUUUUUUUUUUUAAUCUUGUUUCUUUCCAUAAUCCAAUGGAUGCUGCCAUGUCUGAAUGUUGCCCACAUGUUCCCCCCCCAAUUCUUACUAUGCUUUUAAUUUAUUAAUUGGCAAUGAUACAGUUACCCACAUGUUUGCGCAACAAAUCUGCAUUUUCUCUACGUGCCUCUCUUAUUUCACAUUUUAGUAGAAUGUUAGUGAUAAGGGUGGACCUUCAUACGGGUGCCUCUUCCUUCAAGUUGUCAAGUGUCUUGUUUUUAUCUUUAAUUUUCCUGAAGUUUCAUUAUUAUUCUUUACUGCGUCCUUGAUAUGUGGGUAUUAUGUGCUGAAACAUAAUUACUGAGUGUAGACUCAUGUUCUCUCUUUGUUUUCAUUGCUUGCAGUUAUAGUGAUCGUGUUGUACUAGAUAGAUAGAUAGUUAUGUGAUUUGGCAAUUAACACAUCCUUUGAUACUAGGAGUGCAUCAUAUAACAUUUCUGUCAGGCACUAAAAGCAGGGUGGAAGUGCUUUCCCAGCAGCUGGCGUUAUGAGAGCACCUUUUCAAAAUGCUGAGGAACCUAUUGUGGGCUACAUCGAAGCAUGAUGUCUACAUGAUGCAGAAUUAUUCUAUCAUGCACUGGUCUUCGUUGCUUCGAAGAAGCAAAGAAGUGUUGAAUGUUGCUGGUCAAAUUGUCCCUACUCAGAAGCCUCGCGGGUCUUCUGCCCAAUCGUUAUCAAGGGUGCAGAUCAGUACAAUGGCCGUGAAAGACAAUUUCAUUGUGGCUGGUGGAUUCCAUGGUGAACUCAUCUGUAAGUAUAUUAAUCAACCUGGGGUGACCUUCUGCACUAAUGUAACGGACAGUGACAAUGCUAUCACCAAUGCGGUGGACAUUUACCAGCCUUCUAAUGGCUCUAUGCGAGUGAUGACUGCCAACAAUGAUUGCCAUGUGAGGGUCUUUGACACUGAGAGAUAUGCCCUUUUGAAUCGUUUCUCCUUCCCCUGGUCUGUUAAUAAUGCAUCAUUUAGUCCCGAUGGCAAACUUUUUGCUGUUCUCGGAGAUACUACUGAUUGUCUAAUAGGCGAUCCUGUGUCUGGUAAAGUGAUCGGAACCCUACAGGGUCAUUUAGAUUACUCUUUUGCAUCAGCUUGGCACCCAGAUGGCCGUAUUCUGGCCACGGGCAACCAAGACACUACAUGCCGCUUGUGGGAUAUAAGAAACUUAUCACAAUCCAUGGCCGUGCUCAAGGGGCGGAUGGGGGCGAUCAGAGGCCUGAAGUUCUCAUUGGACGGCAGGUUCAUGGCGAUGGCGGAGCCUGCAGAUUUUGUCCACAUAUAUGAAACUGCGGCUGAUUACAGCAGCGCCCAAGAGAUCGAUCUCUUCGGGGAGAUUGCUGGGAUAUCAUUCAGCCCGGAUGCGGAAUCUCUCUUUGUAGGGAUAGCCGACCGUACUUACGGGAGUUUACUUGAAUUCAGCCGGAGGCGUCGGUACGACUACCUGGAAUCCUUUCUAUGAAGGAUGAAGGGGGUGACGUCUGAUGCUCAAAAGCGGCAGUUGUUAGUAUUGUUUAUAUUAGUUGGGGGAUUUCCUUUCAGUCUCUGAUAGAUCGUGCAUUCGACUGGGAUGGAGAAACUUCUAUCGGAAACACCAGAGUUGCCAUAGGGAUGCUUCCAUUGGAGAUUGGGCUAAAGAUUCAUUCGGCGAAUGUGAACUUGUUUCCAAAGUUGCUUAGGGGAAGCCCUUAUUUAUAACUGGUUUUUACUCAGUUUGUUUAUUUAGAAUUGGUUUUUGCUCAGUUUGUUACAGUUAAGGGGGUUUUGCACUGUUGUUCGGUGGCAAGGGAAAUUCCUUUGUAAAUAAAAAUUCCAUCACUCCGUGCAGCACGCCAGGGUAUGUUUAUGUACUUGUUUUUGUUUUUCCUGUUGAAAAGAUGAGUUCUCUCCUUUCUUUUGUACAUAUUUAUCGUUUUACAUGAUGCUUCUCAUGGGGG